GCUGCAGUGGCGCCCGGGCGAGCUGCGCGGCGCGCUGGGUGCAUGGGGGGGCCGCAUCAGAGCCGUGGUCAGCUGCAUCUGGAGUCACGCGUGCUGGCCUGAAGCCCCUCGCGUGAAUCUGCAAGCAUCGCUGCUCGGGCUGGAGGAGCUCACUCUUUUUUUCUCCCGCUCCAGAAGCUGCUGCCGGCGUGCGUGAAGGAAGCCAGCAGGGCCCUAGGCUGAAGGUUAAAACCCCACGGAAGGAACAUGAGGAUCCCCUGGAGAUCAUUCAAGAGGAUGAUGGAAGGCGCCAUUUAGAGUAAAUAGAGUAAAAACUACAGGCUGCCACACUGGGGCCUGAAGGUUGGCAGUGGAAAACCCUGUUGGGCUGUGAUCUCUCACUCAAAAGUCCUAAGUGCCUUUUUGCUUCCUGCAAACGGAAGGAAGCCAAGGAGGAGACCAUGUCCAUCGCCCUGAAGCAAGUGUUCAACAAGGACAAGACCUUCCGGCCCAAGAGGAAGUUUGAACCCGGCACACAGAGAUUUGAGCUGCAUAAACGGGCUCAGGCAUCGCUCAACUCAGGUGUGGACCUGAGGGCAGCUGUGCAGUUACCCAGCGGGGAGGACCAGAACGAUUGGGUGGCUGUGCACGUGGUGGACUUCUUCAAUCGCAUUAACCUCAUCUACGGCACCAUCUGUGAGUUCUGCACUGAGCGGACCUGCCCUGUGAUGUCAGGGGGUCCCAAGUACGAGUAUCGGUGGCAGGAUGACCUCAAGUAUAAGAAACCAACCGCACUGCCCGCUCCGCAGUACAUGAACCUGCUUAUGGAUUGGAUUGAAGUCCAGAUAAACAAUGAGGACAUCUUUCCAACGUGUGUCGGCGUUCCCUUCCCAAAGAAUUUCCUCCAGAUCUGUAAGAAGAUCCUGUGCCGCCUUUUCCGGGUCUUCGUCCAUGUCUACAUCCAUCACUUUGACCGCGUCAUUGUGAUGGGUGCAGAGGCUCACGUCAACACCUGCUACAAACACUUCUAUUACUUCGUGACAGAGAUGAACCUCAUAGACCGCAAGGAGCUGGAGCCCUUGAAAGAGAUGACAACCAGGAUGUGUCACUAAUCCUCCACUGAAUCUUCUGGAAGAAAGGAGCACUAUUUCCACCAGGAGUCCCCAUAGGACAGAAAGUGGCCCUUGGUGGCUGAAGCCAUCCUGACUUCCAGGAGCAGACAAGCUGGAGCCCCAUGAGGACUUCCGAAAGACGUCUCUUACCCACUUCACGUGCUCUUAACCCUCUAAGUGCUGCUAGCCAGGACCUGUAGGCCACGUAGACCACAGCAUGAAGGACCAGCCUUAACCCCUUGGGCCGAGGACAGUGCAGGUGAAAGUGCUGCACGCGCGCCCACAUCACACUUCUGCCUGUGACCGGCCCGCUAGGCUUUACUGGAAUUCAGGUUUUGAGACUGAAGGUCUUUGUUGUGGUGGUUCUUUUUCACUUAUGUCUUUUGACUAACUUCUCUGUCACUUAUUUUUUUAAGUUCUAAGCAAUCGCGGGGCUACCAUGUAGGUAGUACGUUUUCCUAUCCCAUCUCUCCUCGACUCCCUACAGGCCUCUGGGCCUUAUAUGGGGCUUGGAGCUGGGAAAAGCCUGCAGUUUUUCUGGAAGCAUCUGCGCCAUUUUCCUCAUGGGCAGUUUCACCAGGGACCGCUUACUUGAUGGGCUACAUGAUCUGUGCCCCAGACAGGCCAUUCACAUGCUACUCUUUGGGAAGAGUCUGGCGACAGGAAAUAAAGCUGGUGUGUUGUUAGUUUACCCUAGUCAGAAUGCAUUCUUUGUAGCCACAGUCAUUUCUAGAUGCUUCCAUUAAAGAUAUCCUUUCCCAUUUCCCAGAAGAGAGGAAAUAAAGUUUUAAAAUGACCAGUAAGAUCCUUGAGUCGGAUUAGUGCAGUGUUUGUUCUUUAUUAAGGGGUAGUGAGUCCUGGCUGAUCCUACAUAUUAUAUUAUGGGGAUUUCAGUGACAAGACAACAGACAGUUGAUACAUGUAGAUUAAAUACCCUUGACUUGUAGCCUUCCCAACUGACCACUCCUUCCCAUUCUCUCUUUCUCUCUUUCUCUCUCUCUCUCUCUCUCUCUCUCUCUCUCUCUCUCUCUCUCUCUCUCUCUCUCUCUCUCUCUCUCUCCUGUUGUCCCUCCAUCUCCUGUGCUAGAUGAUGCAGUGCAGAAUUCAUUUCUUUCCAGUAGGUGUGCUACAGUCACCAAGGUCUUCCUUCUAUCCAUUCAACCGUCCCUUCCAACCAUCAGAGUCACCAUGCUACGCUCUCUCCUGCCUUUGGAAGUUUUAGUAAAUGAAAUGUUGCCUUCUCUGAUACCUUCACAGAACUGGUUCUGACAGCUUGACUAAGAAGUACCCAUACUUCCCGUAAUAUUUGAUUUUAAUGAAGUAUCUAUUGAUACUUUAUUAUUAAGUAUUGGCGGAGGGAAGUAGACAUGAAUGUAUUCUUGCAGUUGAUGUAAUAGCAAAAGACGACUGAGUUAGUCUGAUGUUAUUUAGUAUACAUAAUGUGUUAAAGCCAUUUACGGCCACCACAAAAGCCUAGAAAGCAUGAUAUCUUUGUGUAAAUGAAGAAGCUGACCAUCUAGACUGUCUCGUAGAUGUCGUCUUCUGAAGCCCAACACUACUACUGCUAUGUCGUUGGCUUGUUCUAACCUACAGGGACAUUUUUUCUUUUCUCUCUAAGUAACUUUUAGAGGCCAACACAGGCAAUGGUUUUUAGUUUUUGGUUUUGUUUUAUUUGUCAUUAUCACUUUGAGUUAAAAGCAUUAUGUGGCUGCCCUAAAGGUCCAGAGGAAAAAGAGCCUUGAAUCUGGACCCAGGCAAUGCAUAAUACCACACAUGGUGUGCAGGAUGGUGAGGCUGGGAGAUGGCAGACCAUUCCACAUGGCCUUGGGGAGUCUCCGCAGCUUUGUGCCUUGAACAACUGCAGGCCUCAUGCAGUUGGGAGUAUGCGCCUGCAUUUCAGUGAUUCUUAAUCAAGGAGGCAGCCUGACUCUGAAGACAUUUGUCAUUUCUAAAGUCAUUUUCCAACAAUUAUUUGUGUAUGUGAAAUUUCCAUCUAGCUUAAAACAUCCAGAUUUUUUUUUAAAUUCUUGGAAUUAUCUUCUUUGACUUCCAUUGCUAAUUGCACUAAUCAGCUCCUAGAGUAAAAUCUAGCCAACUACUCUGAUUUUUAAAGUAUGAGGUGUUCAUAUUUCUAUAGAACUUUGUUUGGCAAAUUCUAAAAAUAAAUCUUUAUGAGCUGUCCAUAAGCCUUUGGCCUGGCCUGAUCUUCCAUACAUCUAUAGUGUGAACAGAAGAUUCUUGCAGCUCCUAGGACAGCUCUAGGCCUGGUUCUGUCUCCUAAUCUUGUCCUUCCUCCUUCUCUACAUUUGUCUUAAUUUUGGGGAAAUGCAAAGUUGAAAGAUUAACACAACGAAGGGCAGUGAUGGUGCAUGCCUUUAAUCCCAGCACUUGGGAGUCAGAAGCAAGCAGAUCUCUGAGUUCGAGGCCAGCCUAUGAAUUCCAGGACAGCCAGGGCUACAUAGAGAAAUCCUGUGUCAAAAAAAAAAAAAUUUAGCACGAGUACCCUAUGUCCUUGAGUGCACCAAAUGUUAGCAUAUCAUCUCGGUUUCUUUCUUACUGUAAAUGAGCUCAUUGCUGAACCAUCAAAAAAUAAUAGUAAUAAAUUACAUCAUCAUAGAGUUUUAAAAUGCUUUUACAUACCUCUCCUGUUAGUAAUAAGAUCAUUAUCCUAUCCAUCUCCAGUGUCACCGGCUACAGGAGCCUGAAUAUUAACAAAGAGCAUAAUCCGUGGUUCAAAUUCUGCCUCAAAAAAUUCUUUGUAGUUGAUUUUCUUUUUUUAAAAAAAUCUUCAUGUAAUCAAAAAUUACACAUUGCAUUUACUUGUCAUCAUCUUCAUUUUCAUUAAUAAAUUAUCCUCUCUCCUGCUCUCCUCUGCCUCUCCUUCUUUCUCUCUCUCUUUCAGUGUGUGUGUGUGUGUGUGUGUGUGUGUUUGUGUGUGUGUGUGUGUGUGUGUGUGUGUGUGUGUGUGUGUGUGUGGUCUGUCUUUCAUGACUGGCAUUAUUAAACAACGCACACUGAUUUGAAUACAGAAUGUGCCCACAUUCUGAAAGAUUAUUUUCUGCUCAUUUCCUCAUUGUAAGAUGUAGGUUAAACAUGUCAAGGGUAAGCCUGUCCAUGGUGUGGAUGCUCCUCUUUACAUCAUGGAAGAAAGUGUGAAUGUCUAACUGAAGAUCAAUCAGUGCAUUCAAGGGUUAUCUGCCUGAGCCGAUCAAAGUCCAUAAUUCAUUGUUAAGCUUUGAGAUUCAAUGCACGCACCAUGUAUAGAAUAUGAAGUUAGACAUAUAUACUUCACUUCUUAGUGUGAUCAGAGUCCACAAUACCCAAUAUGAAAUCCUUUGCUGUGGAAGAAUUGCAGUGUGACAGGAGUCACACCUUCCCACCUAAGAGGAAAGGGGAGCAGGAAUUUUUCAUUUACAAAUAAUACCUAAGAGUGUUGACUCAUGGAAGUAUGUAUGAUCCUACAGCCAGAGGUAAAAUGUAUAUGUGUAUAUGUGCGCACACAUGUGCUCAUUUUUUUUCCCUUAGUGUCUUCUCAUUUAGACCCAUGCUUUAUUCAUUGAACUCAGCUCAUAUACCAGGAGAUAGUAUCUCUUUACAUAGUCCUGGGUAUCCUGAAACUCACUUUGUAGACAAGGCUGGCCUUGAACUCACAGAGAUCCUCCUGCCUCUGCUUCCCAAGUGCUGGGAUUAAAGGCGUGCUCCACUAUGUCCAAUGGUUGAGGGUGACUACCAAUUAUUUGGGGGAGGCAAACACCUUAACUUUCACAGUUGGUUGUGUCUCUCCAAAAGAGAUUAUUAAGAAUGAAGUGGUUUGGUAGUUUUGGGUUUUUUUUUUUCCUGAUAAUUUCAAAUAAACAAUAUAUCCACAACUCAGGGCACUCCCUGAGAUCACAAACAUACGUUUUUACCCUAAUAGAUACUGAUAUCAACCAUCUCAGAAGAUAGUUCCAGUCUGCCCUCUCAGGAAAAGGUAUGAACUUGUUAUGCAUUCUGGAAACAGCACAUCAGUCCUUCCACUUCUGUUCCCUAAGACGAUCAAGCACCUCCUCCAGGCUCCCUUACCUCUGCCUUUUUGGGGUUCUGCCAGUGGAAAUAAUGAAAAGGAUAGAUUAAAUUACUGAUCUAGAGUCUUUUUCUGCUUCUUCAGUUGUUGGUCUUCUCUUCCCUGGAUUUUCUAUUUCUUUUUUCAACUACGAUGAGUGGAAGGAACUUCAGAGCUUCCUAAUUUAUUCUUCCUACCUCCCAACCAUGCCAGCCACCUUCUAGGUAGAGCCUAUUCUCCUUUUGUGGAUAUUCAGGCACAGAAGUUCUACAGAAUCCUCUAUAUGUCCCACUGAAACUUCACCGCCUUUGAAACCCAACCCAACCCAUCCAACCCAAGCCAAAUAGUCCCUUUGAGCUCCAACCUUUGUCUCAUGUCAUGUUAUUUAGGAAGGUCCAGAGAUGAUACAGGGGUAGCACAUGCUUAAUAAUGACAGCUUCAUUUGCACAUUUGUGGAAUAUCUGAAGCCUAAACCAGCGGUCCUUCAGCCUCCCUUCAGAAUUGUCCCAAUUGUGUCAUCCUCUCAGAAGUUUUCCCAUUCCACCAUUAAACAUUUCUCUGGUUGAGCUGGAAACUCUCCAGAGUUCUCUCUGUGUCUGUGUUACAGACAUUGCCCACCGUGAAUCUGGUGAGUUAUCUCAAGCCUUCCCCAGACCCCGAUAUGUUUCUGCUAGUCUUGGCUGUAAGAGGAAUCUUUAGAUUUUCUUACCUAUUUAAGUUGACCAUCCAGAAGUCUCUGAUUAGGUUAUAUUGACCUUUCUAAGUUUCCUUCUUACUCUUAACAACCUUCAUCACAACACACUGUUUCGGUUUCAUUGAAAUUUGAUUUAUUCCAGCCCACCACUGACCCAGUCCAUUGUCACUGAUAAAAGCAUGUCAUUUCUAAUAGUCCCUUAGCCUAAAGGACACCACACUAAGGAAAAGAAACAUAGUAUGUCUUCAAAAAAAGAACAAAGGUAUCAUUUGGAUAAUAGUGUCAUUCUGACUCUGAUUAUUUUGACUUUAAUGAAACUAGUGAUUCCUGUCUAGAAUUAGUCAAAGUAUAUUUUGGAAGUAAUGAUUGUUUUUCCUGGUUGUAAAAAUGUUUAUAAAAAAAUUUUUAUAACAAGCUAUUUUCCUCUGGACAUAUUAAAUAUGGGUAAAAGAUUUUUCAAUGGUUUGUAAAGGUUUGUGUAACAUAGAGGAUGAGUCACUUCUAAUGAAGUGAGCUGUUUUACUAGCUUCUAGUGUUCUGCUUUCAAAGUUUCCCUGUCUCGUUUUAAGUACAUCUGAAAAAAUGUUAACUAUAUUUUUGUUCCACUUGUGAUUCACUUGAGGGCUUGACUGUGAGAAAGCAGACUAACAUGAUUAAAUCAAUUAAAAGAGCUAGAUAAAUCUAAAGAAUAUUUAUGAAAGAAAUUUCUGUGUGAGUUUAAGAAUUCAAAGGUCAUGAAUAAAAGCUACAUAACCACCCUCUA